GCCUUCACCCUCGACAUUUGCAGACUACAGGUAGAAGAUGACUGCCUGCUGGGGGCUCUCUUAUUUGCACUUUAAUCAUUGCUGAAGACGUGCCUGCAACCGCUACAGCUCCUCGAAACACUUCAUUCCACUACAGAACACUCUUUUAGAGGAAAAUGGAGCGAAUACGCAGACUGCUCCAGCGGAAGACUUUGUAUGAGCCUUUGGAAGGCGGCUCGGAGAGUCCAGAUGGAGAGCCGAUACCCCAUUCCAAGCAGCAACCCUUCUCAUGGCUCGACUAUUCCGUGUUCCUAUUGCUCGGGGUUGCCAUGCUUUGGGCAUGGAAUAUGUUCUUAGCCGCCGGCCCCUACUUCCAACGCCGCUUCGAGUCAGACGACCGACUACUCCGAAACUUCCAGUCUGCCGAACUGUCCGUCUCCACAGUCGGUAACCUAGGAUCCAUGAUACUCUUGACAAAGCUUCAGGCUCGUGCAUCAUAUCCAAAGCGUAUAGUCGCUUCCCUCGUGCUCAACAUUGUCGUCUUCACAUUGCUUGCCGUGUCCACAAGGUUAUUUCUUGGCGUCACGGCCAGUGUCUACUUUGCAUUCUUAAUGCUCGUGGUCUUCAGUGCCAGUUUGGCCACAGGCCUAUGUCAGAAUGGUGUCUUUGCGUUUGUGUCGGGAUUCGGACGGGAAGAAUACACACAAGGCAUCAUGACCGGCCAAGGAGUUGCUGGAGUGCUCCCUUGUAUUGCCCAAAUCGUAUCUGUUCUUUCUGUACCGGAGAAAAAGUCUGAACAAGGAGCACCUCUGGAGUCCAGCACCUCCGCAUUCGCCUACUUCCUCACCGCUUCCGUGGUUUCAACAGUCACUCUUGCUGCGUUCGCCUUCCUCUUAUCCCGACAUAGCCCGAGACAGCGUAUCAAACGUUCGCUUGACUCUGAAGACAGCGAAAACGAUCCCGAACGUUUCGUGCGUAAGUCUGUGCCUCUGGUAAGGCUUCUGAAGAAACUCUUCUGGCUCGCCGGUGCCGUCUUCCUCACUUUUGCCGUAACAAUGAUGUUCCCCGUUUUUACCCAGCAAAUCCAGAGCGUGCGGGAUCCUCACUCAGCACCUCGCCUUUUCCAGCCAGCUUCCUUCAUUCCCUUCGCCUUCCUCCUCUGGAAUAUCGGAGAUUUGAUUGGCCGUGUUUCUCCAGCCAUCCCCGGCUUGACCCUCACUUCCAAGCCGCGCCUUCUCUUCAUCUUGUCUAUUUCCAGAGUCAUUUUUAUCCCCAUGUAUCUGCUUUGCAAUCUACGCGGCAAGGGGGCUACAAUUAGUUCUGAUGUAUUCUAUCUCUUGGUGGUUCAGCUCUUGUUCGGUCUCUCUAACGGAUACAUUGGAAGCAAUUGUAUGAUGGGAUUCGUAGAAUGGGUGGACGAAGACGAACGUGAGGCCGCAGGUGGCUUCAUGUCGUUGUGUCUCGUUGCUGGCUUGACUGUAGGUAGCUUUUUGAGUUUCUUUGCCGCGGGAUCCAGUUAGACGGUGGGGGAUUUCUGCAUUCGUGUGGAGUUUUAGGUUGCUUUCGCUCUCGCGACAUACAUUUAUAUGCAUCUUUAGAAUAGAAUCUAGCAAUGACAUUGAGUUUCU